CACUGAUAAAUCAUGGUUAUUAUCUGCAUUUGAUCAAGUUGACUUUUACCCUGUUAGCGAAGCUGAAAUCGAUAAGUUCAAUGAAGAAAUAUGCGGUGGUAAACGCAAGCCAGACAUUAUUGAAAGUGUAUUUAUCCAUGCCAAAUACUUGGACUGGAUUCAAGAACACACCAAUUUGACGAGCCUUUAA